CAGAAGGAUGUCUCAGGAGCCUAGGGCAUACUCCCUUUUCCUGUUCCUUUUUCUGAGUCAUACGGUCUCGAGUUGGGGAGUUCUACAUUCCAGACAGGAUUUGCAUCCAUUGCUACAAAAAAUGGCAGAAGAACUAAUAGAGGGAAGCUACCUGAAUGCCUUACUGGAUCUCAUACAGUUUCACAGCUCUCAUGUGUGGACAGCGGGCCUGUCCCACAGAAUCCUGGCCUAUCUGAAUUCUCGGAAUGUUGCCUUCACCAUUGACAGCCUGCAGGCGGCCAUGGGCAAUCACCUGGAGCAGCAUUUGUAUCGGCCCCAGGAGCUGCUGGAGAUCCUGAGGGAAACAGAUGCCCAGCAGUUCCACACAGCCAUGAAAUGCCUCUUUGGAGACCAGAAGGAGCGCUUGGACCUGGAGGACAUCGUCAUUGACUUGGGAGGGAUGCGGGAGCAAGCCUUGCAGAGCCCUGGUGUGAACCGCAGCCUGCUUCGUGUCACCUUGGAGAGGUGUUUCCAAGUGCUGAAAGCCCUGGAGUGCGUGGAGAUCCUGGGCACAGUGCUGAGGGGGUCUUCAGGCCUCCUUCUCCAGCCAGACAUCACACCGAGCCUCCCCCAGGGCCUUCGAGAGGAUGCUUUUAAGAACCUAUCUGCGGUAUUCAGGGAUCUCUAUGACCGCACCUCGGCUCAUUCCCAGCGAGCUCUCUACUCUUGGAUGACGGGGAUUUUGCAGGCAUCCUCCAACCUCACCGGUGAUUCUGUUUCAUGGGUCAGUGCAGAAAACUUAUGGAUUUUGGGCAGAUAUAUGGUUCAUCUGUCAUUAGAAGAAAUCAUGAAAAUUAGUCCUGUAGAAAUUGGGCUGUUUAUCAGCUACGACAAUGCCACCAAGCAGUUGGACACCGUGUAUGAUAUCACACCUGAACUGGCCCAGGCGUUUCUAGAGCGGAUUAGCUCUUCCAACUUCGACAUGAGGAAUACCUCUAUCAUUCACAGGUUGGGGCUGCUGGUUUGUUUCUACGACGACCUGGACUUUCUGGAUGCUGCUGUAGCCCAAGUCCUCCUACACCAGAUGAUCAAGUGCAGCCACCUGAGGGGCUUCCAGGCCAGUGUUCAGAAGCUCAAAGCUGACCUCCUGGACAUUGCCACCGAGAAUCAGACCCUCAAUGAGACGCUGGGCUCUUUGUCAGAUUCGGUUGUGGGGUUGACCUACAGUCAACUGGAGUCCCUUUCCCCCGAGGCUGUGCACAGCGCCAUCUCCACCCUCAAUCAAGUCACAGGCUGGACCAAAAGUCAGACCAUCAUCUUGUCUGCCAAGUACUUGGCCCAUGAGAAGGUGCUGUCUUUCUACAACAUCAGCCAGAUGGGCGUGCUGCUGACUGGGCUCAGCACCCAGGCUUUGUACAGCAUGGACCGCAAGGACCUCGCCCAGGUCCUGAGAAGCACCCUUGCGCAGCACCUGUGUGAUCUGUCGGCUGCCCAGCAGCAGGGCGUUCUCAGCAAGAUGACUGAAACAGGAGAUGUUGCCUCAGCCCUGGUGGAUAUUCCAGGGGUGUUCUUUAAGGAAGUGUCGCUUUUCGAUCUGCGGCGGGAACCUGGAUUCAACUCUACAGUUUUAAAGGAAAAGGAGCUUCGGAGAAGUCAGGCCUUGUUCCUGUAUGAGCUUCUGUCCCAGUCCACUGGCCAGCCCGAGGAGCUGCUGAGGGUCGGGCAGCUGGUCAAAGGGGUGAGGUGCUCCCACAUCGAAGCCAUGAGCCCAGGCGCCUUCCUAGCCAAUUUCCAGUAUUUUGAGACUAACCUUUUGCUGCUGUCACCACAUCAGGUUAACUGCUUGGCAUGGAAAUACUGGGAGGUUUCCAGGUCCUCGAUGCCGCCUUACCUUUUGGCCACACUCCCGGCCCGCUACCUGGCUUCAGUUCCAGCUUCCCAGUGUGCGCCCUUUGUGAUCAGCCUGGGCAAGAGCCAAGUGCACACCCUGAUUUUAGACUCCCCCAAAAGGAAUUCUCUCCUCCGGAAAGUGCAGCAGUGCCUGAACAACGUCAUUGAUGACGAAUAUGCAGUGGACAUGGUGGGGACCCUGCUCUGCCACUUUCCAGCUGCCAUCAUUGACCACGGGAUCGCCCCCAGGGCCUGGGCCACCGCCCUGCACGGCCUCAGAGACUGUGUGGACCUCAGCCCAGAGCAGAAGGCUGCCGUGCGGCGCAGGCUCCUGGAACAGCAUGGGCCCCCUCAGAACUGGACCGCUGAGACCACAAAGGACUUGGGGCCUUUUCUCGUACUUUUCUCCAGAGAUGAAUUAAGCGCCAUCACCACAAAGUUCCCUGAUAUCAUUCAACAAACAGCUUCCAAGAUGAUAGGGACCAUGCCUCCGAAAGAAUUUCUCUGGGCCGUGUUUGAGUCUGUUCAAAACAGCAGUGAUGAGAACCCCAGCUUUGAUCCCAGUCCUGGUUGCCAUGGCGUCGCAGUCCCUUCUUCCGAGGACAUCUUCAAGUUAGCUGAGGCCAAUGCCUGCUGGGCCCCGGAGGCCUUCCUUUGCAUGGAGGAGGACACGUUCGUCAGGCACGUGGAGCUGCUGGGCACGGUCCAGGGCUUCAGUCGGCCUCAGCUGAUGAGCCUGAAGGAGAAGGCGAUAGAGGUGUGGGGCAUGCCUGUUUCCUGGAGGGUGCACCAUAUCGUCUCCCUGGGGUGCAUCGCUCUAGCUCUUAAUGAGAGUGAGUUGGAACAGCUGGAUCUCAGCUCCAUUGAUUCUGUAGCUUCCCUGAGCCUGCAGACAGAAUGGACCCCAGGACAGGCUAACUCCAUCCUGCAAGGGUUCCUGGAGGAUGCUGGGUACGCGAUCCAGGAUCUGAAGAGCUUUCACUUAGUAGGACUCGGCGCAAUCCUGUGCGCGAUGAACAUCGCUGACAUCCCUCUUAUCGAGAUCUCAGCAUUCAGAGCGGUGGUGGCCAGGAUUGGGACCCUGUCCUGCAGCACUCAGGUUUUGGCAGAGUUUAAGAGGAAGGCAGAAGUCGUGUUUGGGCUUCCCACAGAGUGGACCGGCUCCAUCUUGCAGGAGCUCGGGACCAUUGCAGCUGGAUUAACGAAGGAAGAACUCCGAAUGCUCCACAAAGACUUGAUGCCCUAUUUCCAGCCAUCAGCAAUAAAAUGCCUUCCUGAUGAGAUAUUCAAAGAGCUGUCCCCAGAGCAGAUGGCUUCUUUGGGCCCCGAGAAUGCGGCGGCGGUGACCAACGCCCAGCGACAGCGGCUCAGCGGGCAGCAGCUGCAGAGCCUCCAGCGGGCACGAGAUGGCGCUCAGGCCCACUCCUGGCUCGAUCCACCUCUGAGCGCCAGCCCCACCCGCACCUCCGGUUCGCCCCCAGAUACUGCCAAAUCUUUCACCGAGGCUCAGUUUUCCCCGGGAGCAGCGGUGGAAGAAAGUGAUAAGGUCACCAGCCGGCGCAAGUCCAGGAGGCCUGCCGCUCUUUUAGGCGUUACAGAGACUAGGCUGAGUCACCGAAGUUUAAGUUCAUGUCGGCGGCGGCGAGUGCUUGACAGAAACCUCCCCAAACUGCUUCAAAAACUCAGGGAGAGGCCAGCAAGUUAUAUCGCCCUCAACUCGCUGGCCAGUUGA